AUGAAUGGAAAUAACCCUGAUAAGUACAAAUACCGCAUUGAGAUCCAGCAGAUGAUGUUCGUCUCUGGUGAGACGCUUGAUCCUCCAGUGCAAACAACGUCCCUGAUUGAGGACAUUGUCCGUUCGCAGGUUGUUGAGAUCAUCGUACAGGCCACGAGGACUGCCAACGCCAGAGGUUCCAAGUCCAUCAGUGCGGAGGACGUGAUCUUUCUGAUUCGCAACGACGGUGCCAAGGUGAACAGGCUGAGAACGUACCUCUCUUGGAAAGACGUGAGAAAGAAUGCUAAGGACCAGGAGAGUGGUGGUGUUGAAGGUGCUGACCUUAUAGACGAGAGCUCAUUAGCGACCACUGGGGCCAACGGAGGUGCUGGUGGUAAGAACUCUGCAGACAUGAUGAAGAUGAAGAAGUCCAAGAUCAGGCUACCUUGGGAAUUGCAAUUUAUGUUCUCAGAGCAGCCUCUAGAGGACGAAAAUGAUGAGUUGAACGACGAAGAACGUGAGGCCACUUUGGCGUCCUUGAAGAGGUUGAAAAUGGCUGAUGAUAGAACCAAGGGUAUGACGAAGGAUGAGUAUGUGCACUGGUCUGAGUGUAGACAGGCCUCGUUCACUUUCAGAAAGGCGAAACGGUUUAGAGAAUGGGCAGGAUUUGCACAUUUGGCAGACGGUAAGCCGAACGACGAUGUUGUUGAUAUCCUGGGAUUCUUGACGUUUGAAAUAGUGUGUUCCUUGACUGAAGAGGCCCUCAUAGUUAAGCAGGAGCAGCAGAUGAUUGCAAAGACCUCCACCACGAUAAACACGACGAGUUUAGCCACACCGUCAAACGAUAAGAAGAGAAAGCACCUGUUUGAUGGUCCAGAUGAGGCCAUCCACCCAUUAUCCCCAGACCAUAUAAUGGAAGCCUGGAGAAGAUUACAGAGGAUAUCACCCAGUCACAAGUCCUUGAGGAACUACGGAGGUGGCAGACUGCUAAGCAGGACCAAUGUUAUAUAG